AUGACUUCGAAAUGUCAUCGACUUGAAGGAAAAGUUGCAAUUGUGACAGCUGCUACAAAAGGAAUCGGUCUUGCGAUCGCCGAACGGCUUGCCGAGGAAGGUGCGCACGUUGUGAUCGGUAGUCGCAAUCAGAAAAACGUCGACGAUGCGCUCGAAUAUUUGCGGAAAUUGGGAUUAACAAAAGUUGACGGACUUGCUGGUCAUAUUGCGGACGUCGAAUAUCAAAAGAAGCUCGUUGAUUUUACAGUUCAAAAAUAUGGGAGAAUCGAUAUAUUGGUGAACAAUCAUGGUAUUAAUCCAUCAUUUGGGCAUAUUAUUGGUGUGAAUCAACUAAUUGUUUGGGAUAAACUAUUCCAAGUAAACUUGAAAGCUGGUUUUCAAAUGUCCAAACUUGUACAUCCACAUAUGGCUAAAAAUGGGGGAGGUUCAAUUAUUUUCAAUUCUUCUUAUUCUGCUUACAAAUCACCGCCUGGAAUCGCGGCUUAUGGUAUCACAAAAACUGCUGUUGUUGCCCUUACAAAGGCUUUGGCUCUCGGUCUUGCCAAAGACAAUAUUCGAGUCAACGGAAUCGCGCCAGGAGUUAUCAAAACAAAAUUAAGCAGAGCACUUUGGGAUGGCGGCGAAGAAGUUGAGAAGAAUGUCGUCGAAAUGCAGGAAAUUGCUUUGAACCGUCUCGGAGUUCCGAAGGAGUGUGCUGGAACUGUCGCAUUCUUGGUGUCCGACGACGCGUCUUACAUCACCGGCGAGAUGGUUGUGAUUGCCGGCGGUGUCAAUGCUCGCCUCUAA